GAAAUAUCACAUCACAUUUCAGGGAUCUUUAUUACACAUCUCCAAGUCGUGAUCUACCAGUACCUGGCACCAUAAGCCAUCACUCAAGUCACACUUCUAGCCCCCAACUGUCACAUUAGCUAUUUGCUCCUUCCGUCACUUCUCUACAUCUCCUAAUAUCUCUUCUCUAUUCUUAUCACAUCAUGGAUUUGACACCUCAAUCCACUCGUUCUCCAACACCGCCUUUCACAUUCUCAGGCAACUCACAGCCACUCUUUGAAUAUCCUUCACCUGCUCAAAGUGACUCGAGGUACAGGUCAACGGAUUGCAUUCAAGGCUUGGGACUCUAUUCCUGCUCUAUUUCAGGAUCUCCACCAGUAAUGGACAAUCAAGAUGCUUGCUCCGAGUCAGAAGUCUCGUCGUCUAUAACCACCAACCACUGGGCAGAUGCGCCUUUGCAAAACCGUGAUUCGCCCAGGUCAUCCAGGUCAACGCCUAACAUCCUUUCCGCGGAGUAUGAUCCCUUUGCCUCUUACAACACGGCAGUAUCAGCUCCUUUCACUUCUGAUAUAUAUACUACUUCCCUAACUGCCGAAACAUCCAUUCUUCCAGCUUCUCCACUUCAGUCUAGCAAUAACUCUCAUCGCUCUUCACUUUCUUCUGCUCCACCUUCAGAAAUCUUCACUCAAGCGGGAUCAAUACUUUCUUACACUCCACGCAUCAAGAUGGAAGACCAUCCAGAAUACGCUCCAAAUAGUGAUUCUUUCACAUUGGGCUCCCCCCACAAUGGGCACACUCAAUUCGUGGGUGCAGCAACUGCCUAUCCAGGAACCCUCGAGACUUCAUACUACGACCAAUCACCAUGGGCACAAAAAGUUGAAUACACUUCCACUGACUUGCCACCAUUCUCGGCUUUACAAAUCCCAACUUAUGACAGACGAUCCGAAAGUCAAGAUAGAUCACCACCACAAGAUUUCCGACGUCCAAGCGUAGUAGCAAGGACCAGGGGACCUCGAAAGCUUACCACCAAGGAAGAUGCAAACUUCCAAUGUCGUGUUAAAGGGUGUGGGAAGCUUUUCGGUCGUAGUUACAAUUACAAGGCGCAUAUGGAAACUCAUGAUGCAGACCGAGAGUAUCCGUUUCCAUGUACUGUGGACAACUGUACUAAGAAAUUCGUCCGUAAGACGGACCUUCAACGCCACAACCAGAGUGUUCACAUGAAGCAACGAGAUCAUAAAUGUGACUAUUGCAGCAGAUUCUUUGCAAGAAAAGACACACUGAGAAGACACAUGGAAGAUGGCUGUUCUAAACGUUUUGAUAUCGAAACUGUUGAUUUCAGACCUCAAAACUACGCUAUGGAUAACAAUCCCAUGAACACACUAAAGCUAGUACUUCCACCUCAUCCAAAUCAGAUGGGACGAAAUCCAUCUUACAUUCAGAACUCCCACUACUCAUCACCCCCACACAGCGGAAGCUCCGGUCAUGCGCCUCAUGAUGCUAUGGUCAGCCCUCUUACAUCAGCCGCACCAGGGGCUCCAUAUCUAAUGACGACAAGCUCGGAACAUCACAAUCAAGAGCCUAUAUGGCAUACUCAGUAGAUUUACUAUCAUUAUUGUUUGGCGCAAGGGAGGGUGUUUGAGAACAGUCACAACAAGAAGGAUACCAUGGGCAUACUUUCCGAGGGGGUUUGGAGAUUGUUUCAAAUCAUUUUCAAUUUCAUCAGGACCUUACACGGGAUAUUGCAAAAAUACGAACUACCUAGAUUUUCGAUAGCUCA